CGUGACCUGCCCCGCCCCGCGAGGCCGGGGUCCCCGAGCGGGCGGGGCGGGAUGGCUCGGAGGGCGGUAUGCGGGGUCUCUGGGCAGCUUCGGGGUUCGGGACGGACGCACUGUCCAGGCAUCCGGGCGUCCAAGCCCCCUGGUGCUCCCGCGCCCCGUCACUCCAUCGGAGAGGCCAGAGGGAUGGGCCGAAGCUGCUCCCGCCGGCUGCCGAGGCCCCGGCCGCGCCCGGAACUCCCGGCGCGCGGCGUAGGUUUCCGGCCGGCAGUGGCGUGCGGCAGCCCGAGCCCGGGGAAGCGGCGGCGGGGGCCGGGCCGGGCCCGCACUUGAAAUGGCUCCGCCGGCGGGUGGCGCGGCGGCGGCCGCAGACUCGGACCCAGACUCGGCUGCUGUGCUGCUGGCGGUGCACGCCGCGGUGCGCCCUCUGGGCGCGGGACCUGAGGCCGGGUCGCCCCUGCGGAGGCUGCAGCUGAGCGCGGAUCCCGAGCGGCCCGGGCGCUUCCGGCUGCAGCUGGGGGGCGUGGGGCGCGGGGCGGUCAACUUGGAGUGGCCCUUGGAGUUGGUCUCUUACACCAUCCGAAGUCCCCACCAGCAUGAGCUGCGGCCGCCCCCUGGAGGCCCGGGGACCCUCAGCCUAAACUUUCCCGACCCUCUGGAGGCACAGCAGUGGGCUGCCCUGCUUCGAGGAGCCACCCUUGACGGACAAAACGGUGGCGAGAGCUCACUCCCUACCCCUGGCCCUCCAGCGAGUCUUGUUUCCCUGUCCGGGCCCCCCAGAUGCCCCCCGCCCAAAAUGGACGUUCUCUGGAGCCCAGAAGACUUGGUGGAGAAAGAGGAGCUGGUAGAACGCCUGGCCCGUGCCAUUGCCAGUGGGGACAGACAGGGGGCUGCUGAAGCAGCAGCCAUCUUGGCCCGUCACCACGUGGCUCUCAGUAUCUCGCUCCAGGAGGCCAGUUUCCCUGCUGGACCCAUCAGGCUGCAGGUCACUGUGGAGGACGCUGCGUCCUCAGCCCAUGUUGUGCUGCGGGUUUGCCCCCACCACACUGUAGCAGCCCUCCAGGAGCAGGUCUUCUCGGAGCUGGGCUUCCCACCUGCUGUGCAGCGCUGGGUCAUCGGACGGCAUCUCUGUGUGCCUGAGCUCAGCCUCGCCUCUUAUGGGGUGUGCCAGGAUGGGGACCCCGCUUCCCUUUACCUGCUCUCGGCCUCACAUGAAGCCCCAGGAGCCAGCCCUCAGAACCCUUGGAAGACAAGCAGGGAGCUAGGCCACUGGUUUCCUCAGUUGCUGCAGCUGCCCCGUGCCCCGCAUCCAGCCAGCAACAGCCUUCCUAGCCCCCUGCAGUCCGGCUGGUCUUGCCCAUCCUGCACCUACAUCAACCCCCCGAGCCGGCCUGGCUGUGAGAUGUGUGGCACCCAGAGGCCCUGCACCUGGACACCCCCACAAGGAUCCCAUGCUGAGGGCAGGGCCAGCGGCUGUCAUUAAGAUGCUCGGAGGAGCCUGAGUGAUAGCGUAAAGGACACUUGUCUUGCACACGGCCAACACAGGUUCCAUUGCAAGCAUCCCAUAUGGUCCCAAGCCCCCAGGAGUGAUCCCUGAGCCCAGGAGCCAGAAGUCAGACCUGAGCACGGCUGGGUCAGAAACCCCAAACCAAAAAUGAGUACAUUAAAGAUGCUCCGAGCCAGCGAGUAUACUUGUCUGUGCAGCAGCCUGGGUUUCAGUUCCCGCCUUACUGAGCAGGGAGGUCUGCCUGCACCCUGGCACACCCAUCCCUCCCUCCGGAUUCCCACCUCUCCCCUACGCUAGGACAUCCCUUCUACCCUCCUGGGGAGCUUCAGAAAGGCUCAGGAAGUUGCUGUUGGGAGGGCAUGGCGCCCCCUGCUGCCUGGCUUCUCUCACCUCAUGCAGAUUGUCACUGACCUCUGUCCUGAGCAGCAACCCAGCCUUCCCACCCU